AUGUCAAGGGCAAGAAAAAUCGACAAACAGCUUCUUUGGGGAGCCGAAAAUUCUUCUGGUAACGAUGAUGGCGAUGCAUUCCAUCCAUUGGAUGAAGAUGAGCAAGACGAGAUAGUGGACAGGCUAGCAGUUCGGAGUUCUGUAAGUAACUUUCGUGCUGUCCAAAUUUUGAGCAUUCUGUUCUUGCUUUGUAGCGGAGCGUUUCUCAUGACGUUCACCAAAAUUCGAAAAUUGGAACAGGAAGAAGGUCAGAUGAAGCAGCAGCUUUUGUUUUCAGUGAUCUCAAUUAUAUGCUCGCUUAUGAACCUGAGAUAUAAGAUCGUUAGAGAGAUUAAAGUAGCGGAAAAGAUUCGGUUUAGAAUAACUAGCCACCAAAUCAACAUUUCCAAUUUAAUCCUACUCUCAUUUCUAGCAUGGAGCGCAAUAGACGGCUCAAAGAUGAAACUUGUGACUUUUCUGCUAUUUGUCCCCCAUAUGUUGUUCGCCGUGAGUUGCAUUGUCAACAGCUUCAUAGAUAAGUUGGCUGGAGAAUUGGAUAAUUUAAGAGGUCUCAAAUACAAGUUCAAGAGUGCAUGA